CAAAUGAAUCUUUCUUCCUUUUUUGUAUAAAUACAUAUAGAGUUGAUAGUAGAAUAGAGAAAGAAAUCAUCACAUCUAAAACUUUUAGGCCAAAAUCCCUUUCUUGAGAAAAAAAAUGGCUGCCUCAAAAACCAACUUACAUAUUCGCUCAAACAGCUUGCCUACGAAAUCACAUCCAGCUAUUGAGGAGUGCAAUGAUCAUUUGAUCAGAUUAGGGGCUUCUCGUGUAGCUUCAUCAUCAUCAUCAUCUUCCAUUGCCCACCAACUCAGUGGUCUUGAGGAUUUGCACCUUUGUGUUGAGAGGUUGCUCGAGUUACCCCUCACUCAACAAGCCUUCUCCCAAGGCCGCCAAGAGAAAUGGGUUGAUGAAUUAGUGGAUGGAUCUCUUAGGCUCUUGGACAUAUGCAGUGUAGCCAAGGAUGCUGUUUUGCACACAAAGGAAUGUGCACGAGAUAUUCAAUCAACCAUGCGUAGAAAAGUUAGUCUUGAGAGUGAGAUUAAGAAAUACUCUGCUUCAAGGAAAGUGGUGAAAAAGGCAAUCCAAAAGGCUUUAGGGGGGUUGAAAGGUGCUGAAUCAAAGUACACAUCCUCUCCUUCAAAUAAGGAUAGUGAAAUCUCAGCUUUGGUUGGUGUUUUUAGAGAGGUGGAGGUUAUUACUCUUGCUACCUUUGAAUCAUUGAUGUCUUUUGUUUCUGGACCAAAGACACAUUCUAAGCUAAAUGGAUGGUCUGUAGUUUCCAAGCUUAUGCAAAGCAAACGAGUUGGGUGUGACGAUGAAGUUGCAAAUGAAUUCGCAAAGGUGGAUGCUGUCCUAUUGAGUCAUGAAAAAAUUAACAAAGGUGAUCAAGCCAUGCAGGAUUUGAAAAAUCUCGAGAUGUGUAUUCAAGACUUUGAACAAAUGCUAGAAUCCUUGUUCAGGCGUUUAAUCAAAACAAGAGUUUCCCUUCUCAACAUUCUCAACAACUAGUUUAUAAGUAUUUUGUAUAUAAUUAUCCAGCCUUGGCAUCCAUUGUUUUGAUAGCCUAGAUCAAAUUGUACUUGUGUACUUGUAAAUAUAAUCCAUAUAGUAAAGUAACAGA